AUGGUUGCCAUCCCUGCUUAUCUACUGGCCUCUUCGGCCGUUUCUUCUCUGGGACCCUUGACGCCUCGCGACAUAGUCAUUCGCUCACCCCAACCAGAACCGCUGCCAACGUCAUCAGCAGCCGGGGGCCCGUCGACGAACCCUUUUGCGUCGGUAAUCGGACCCCUCGUCGAGACCAACUUUGCUGAUCCAGGCAUCAUUCACGUGGAUGGAGUUUCUUACGCCUUUGCGACCAACAACCGAGGAGUGGGUGCCGACAUGAUUCAUGUGCAGAUAGCCACCUCCACAGACAAUCAGACCUGGACGUUAUUAACCCAUCAUGACGCCCUGCCGCAGAUCGGCGCAUGGGAGACUGGCGCCCGGGUAUGGGCGCCCGAUGUUGUACAACUUGACGACGGCUCGUUCGUUCUUUACUACACCGAUGCACUCGUAACGACUCCAGCCUUCCAUUGUGUGGGCGCUGCUACUUCUCUGAAUGUCUUGGGACCUUACGUUCCCCUUGAUUCUCCUUUAGCUUGCCCAGAUGUUCACACGAAGGGUGGCGCUAUCGAUCCCGAUGGAUUCCACGACCCUUCCACGGGUAAGCGCUAUGUGGUCUAUAAGACGGACGGCAAUUCAAUCGGCCAUGGCGGCAGUUGUGGCAACACCGUUGCUCCAAUCGUCCCGACUCCCAUCAUGCUUCAACAAGUAGGACCUGACGGCGUCUCUCUAAUCGGCGAUGUGAUUCAGAUUCUCGACAGAGACGACCUUGACGGACCUCUGGUCGAAGCGCCUUCACUCCACCGGUCCGAGGAAGGUAUCUAUUUCCUCUUCUUCAGCAGCAACUGCUACACCACGCCCAAGUACGACGUAUCCUAUGCCACGGCCACAGAUAUCAAUGGUCCUUAUACCAAGUCCGGUCGCCCUCUGCUUGUCACAAACGACGCCAAUCUUGUUGGGCCCGGUGGCCUGGAUAUCAUCAAGGGAGGUGGUAUGGUGGUCUUUCAUGGGCACAUGACGAUUAACAAUGACCCGGCAUACAAGAAGCAAGCCGAAGAAGUCGCCGCUUCAACUGGCAAGCCGAUUACGGACGUCAAUCUACCCUUGGUCAGAGGUAUGUGGUCGGGGUCUGCUACCUUUCAAGGGACGGACGUCCGCCUUGGCUGA